CCCCCGCACGAUUGGGAACGCGGCGGUGGCGUCCUGCUCCUCCUUCUAGGGUUUCCGAUGGUCCAGUUGCCCAGUUCCGCCAAGAUCCGCCCCGAUCCCGUGCGCCCCGCGGCCGAGGCCGCGGUCGCGGACAGGGUGGCGGUGAAGGUCGAGGUGGAGGUGGAGGUGGAGGACCCCUUGGAGGACGAGCAUGGCCCCUUCAACAAGAGAUCCAAGCACCUCACCCCUCCUCAACAAGAAAUGUAUAAUAAUGUACUCGAUGAGCCUAGUCCGCUGGGUUUACGGCUCCGAAAGAGCCCGUCGCUGCUGGAUUUGAUCCAGAUGAGGCUCACGCAAGCGAGUUCCGCUGCGGCGUCGGGCAUUACGAGCAUUGGGCUUUCCGAGUCUGGGAAGAAGAAAGAACUUAAGUCUACUGCAGUUUCUGGCACCAUUGACAGGUUGAAAGCUUCGAAUUUCCCUGCGAAUUUGUUGAGGAUUGGGACUUGGGAGUAUGUAUCAAGGUAUGAAGGUGACUUAGUUGCAAAAUGCUACUUCGCAAAGCAUAAACUUGUGUGGGAGGUUCUUGAAGGUGGUCUGAAGAGCAAGAUAGAAAUUCAGUGGUCAGAUAUUACGUCUCUGAAAGCAUCUUGUUCCGAGAAUGAGUCUGGAACCUUGGAAGUAGUGUUGGCUCGGCCACCGCUUUUCUUCAGAGAGACUGAUCCCCAGCCUAGGAAGCAUACGCUAUGGCAGGCGACUUCUGAUUUCACUGGUGGUCAAGCAAGCAUGCAAAGGAAGCAUUUUCUACAGAGUCCACAAAGCUUGUUAAGCAAGAACUUCGAAAAGCUUAUCCAGUGUGAUCCUCGUUUGAAUUUACUGAGCCAACAGCCAGAUAUAAUAGUGGAAUCACCAUACUUUGAGCCUCGAUGCUCAAUAUUUGAGGAUCAAGUAGAACACAAAAGGUCUUAUGGUUUUAAUGAUCAGAAGGAUGACCCGACAACCACCUUUUCCGGUUUCGGUGAUCCUGGUUCGCCAUGUGCUACCUCAUCAAUAUCCGGUAAGAGUGAAAUAAGGGAUUCUAUUGGAAAGGCACCUGAAAUUGUCUCUCAAGCGACUUCUGCACCAAGAUCAGCAGCUGUGGUUUCAGUACCUAAUACCCGAGUUUUGGAAAACAAUGCCAAGAACCCUCACAAGUGGUGGGAGCAACUGAAGGUUCCCCGGCUGCGAGGAUCAAUGUCCGUGGACGACUUAGUAAACCACAUAGGAAACUGCAUCUCAGAACAAAUUAUUUCUUCCGGCAAUGCAUCGUUGCCCCCUAGUGCUCUUCCCACUAAAGAAAUGCUGGAAGAUGUGGCGCAAUACCUUCUUAGCGACAAUACUCAAGCCUCGGUGCCCUCCGACGAUGAUGAGAUAUCCCUCAUGGCUAGGGUCAAUUCCCUUUGCUGCCUGAUUCAAAAGGACGGUACUGCUGCAGCUCAGAAUCCUAAAGAGAACGGCGGAAGCAUAAUGGACGUCGGGGAUGAUUCGGAUGGCUCUUCAGAUGACGAGGCGGAAUCGGCGCAGGAAGCGGAAUCCGGGCUCGAGGCAAAACCGCAGCCCAUCACCAGGAAAGAGUCCUUUGGAGAGCUACUGAUGAACCUUCCUCGCAUUGCCUCGUUUCCGCAGUUCUUGUUCAAGAUAUCCGAGGAUGCCGAGAAUGAGGCCAGAUAACUCGCAGCUCGCGCCUAAGAACUUGAUGUAAAUUAUGCUGGAAAGAAGUGAUGAGCCUUUUCAAGUUAGAACCCUUGUGAAUGUAUAGUUGUUGUCUCUUUUCUAUGUGUGGAUGGAUAUUUGUAGCCUCAGCUGAUGAUCUAAAUGUCUACAUUUGCAAAUGAAUUGCAAAUGAAUGCUCAAACAGUUCAAUUUGUUCUUUAUUUUCUGUUUCUUAUUCUUUUAUUA